UCGUGGCUGUAAGUAAAAAGCGGCGAAUAUUUCAAAGUUUUAGUUUCAAUUUUAAAAGGUACUGCAUGCUAUAUGAAGAACGGGGGAUCUCAUAUUUUCAUGCUAUGCGCUUUGGAUUGAGUCAAGAGGGAUUGCAAAGUGGACAUUUAAGAACUGUGUUUGUGAGCGUGUUGUUAAGUAUUUUGAUGCUCCCACUUUUGAGGACUGUGGCAUUGCGAGCAUUUUCCAUGGCGUCUGAGUCGUACACAUCUGGGACACACUCCGCAGCCUUUGUUACCUGCCCCAACGAGCAGGUGGCCAAAGACCUGGCCAGAGGAAUGGUUGAGAAGAAACUGGCUGCUUGUGUCAACGUUAUACCGAAGAUCGUAUCAAUUUACGAGUGGCAGGGGAAGAUUGAGGAAGAUAAUGAGGUGCUGCUGAUGAUUAAAACCAGAAGUUCAAAGGUUUCCGCUCUGGCAGAGUAUGUGAGGUCAAACCAUCCUUAUGAAGUGGUUGAGGUCAUCAGUCUGCCCAUAGACCAGGGGAACCCACCUUACCUGAAGUGGCUGGGUGAGGUUGUGCCUGAGUGAGCGCAAUCCUACGCCCCCCACUGGCCCUUGUGUGGAUGUGCACUGCUUACUCUCUAUUCAAAUUUUGAAAAUGCAUUGGAGGGGGGAGGCGUGGGGGGCGGGGUCUCGGGGUGGGGUUUGUGAGAAAUAAAGACGAGUGAACUGUGAA